UUUUCACAUAACGUAACAAUAUAAUAUUAUUAUACAAUUUUAAUACAAUAUGAUUUUGUUUCCUCAAUAUUGUUGUUAUUGAUUGUGUGAUGAUAAUAAUGAUGAUUUGUAACAAAUAAACAAUAGUAUGUAUUAAUUGUAAACAAAAAACAAUAUAGGCGCAAUGCCAACAAUGAGAAAUAAAUGUAGUAAUAAGUAAUAAUAAUUAUACCUUUGACAACGAUCAUUGACGGCAAAAUUUCAGCGGUUUGUUCAGUCUUUUUCCACCACAAGUGAUCUACCAUCUGAGUGUUUACAAGCAUCGCCAAAUAAUUGUAAAAUGGCGUUGCUCUAUAAACAUCUCGGUGGUUCGUGUAAAUGUAUCUCAUCAUUAUACAAAGAUCGCAUGAUAAUACGCAAGUUUUCCCAAUAUGUUUCACAACAACAUACUUACAAAAUUUCUGUUGCACGAUACUCGAUCAAGCCAUUUCGUUGUUAUACUACGGACAAAAAUGAUGAGAAUUGCAAUACAAAUGACAACAAUUUAAAACAAGAAAAACCACUAGUAGAGGAGAAAGAAAAAGAAACGCUGUUCAAAACUGUACCCGUUAAAAAAGUUUUGGAUAAAGUAAGUCUCGAAAAAGAUUUAGACAGAGUGCAGAGACCGGAAAAAUCAGUCGAUCGAAAUUACAUCACUGCCAGACGCGCUAUGACAGAGUUUUUGUUGAAAUCGACUGAUCUCGAAGGUCUUAAAACCAUAAAAAGAAGAUCUCCAUUUGAAGACGAACCACCGAUUAAUGUUUAUUGGCGUAAAGAUGUCGUUGCCAAAGCAGCUGAAGUAUGGGGUUCUCAAGAAGGCGUUUUAACACAACUGAUUAAAAGAGAAAUAGAAAGGAAAAAGAAGCAACAAACAAUGUUCACGAUCAAAGCUAGUCGUAGGACUAACAGGCGACAAACUUUAAACAAAAAUGAUCUCAAAACGCAAAAGUCGUCUGGUCUUUUUGGUGAUUCGGGCCGUGUUGUUUUAACUGCAGUUUUCAUAAACGGUAUGAACACGGUGUUCAAGGCGUUAGCGUGGCUGUACACCGGAAGUCACAGCAUGUUUUCCGAAUGCGUUCAUUCAAUGGCCGACACCAUAAAUCAAGUGAUUCUCGCUUUUGGUAUUUAUAAAUCCGUCCAGAUCGCCGACUCUUAUCACCCGUAUGGAUAUUCUAAUAUGAAGUAUGUCGCUUCGUUAAUAUCCGGAGUGGGCAUAUUUUGCAUUGGUUCCGGUCUUUCCAUAUACCACGGCGUAACCGGAAUUAUUCACGCCGAGCCAUUGGAUUCAUUAUUCUGGGCGUAUUUCGUGCUGGGCGGUUCGCUAAUAACAGAAGGAGCAACGUUGGCAGUGGCCGUUAAUAACAUCAUUAAACGUUCUCGAGAAUCUAAAGUAACUUUUUUGCAGUACGUUCUACGAGGUCACGACCCUACCGUCAAUGUGGUGCUGCUGGAAGAUUGUGCCGCCGUCUUGUCCAUAGGCGUUGCCACUGUUUGUAUGUCACUGACGUCCUACCUAAACACCCCAUUGCCAGACGCCAUCGGAUCGCUGCUUGUUGGUGGAAUUUUGGGCACAGUGGCUUCGUUCAUUAUUUACACUAACACAGCCGCAUUGGUUGGCCGUUCCAUCAGCCAAGAGUAUUUAAACAAAAUCAACGCUGAACUGGAAUCGGACAUUAUGAUACGAGCCAUCCACGACGUCAAAGGAAUCGACAUGGGAAACAGUCUGAUUAGAUACAAGGCCGAACUGGACUUUGAUGGCAGGGAACUAGCCAAACAAUACCUUGACCGGUUGGACCCGGUAGCAUUGAUGGCCGAGGUGAAAGCUAUUGAAAAUGCCGAUUGUGCCGAGGCGUUCCUGUUGAAACACAGCGAAAGCAUUAUCGAUAUGAUCGGUGGAGAGAUCGACAGGAUAGAAUGGCAAUUGCGAUCAAAGUUCCCCGAAAUAAGACACUGUGAUUUAGAAAUACUUUAACGAUAUAUAAUUAUCGAAGUGCUCUUCUCACUGGCUUUUUAAUAAUACUGCAAAAUAAUUUAUAAACUGUUUUUAAAGUCAUUUAUUGCAACGAAACAAUCUGUAUAAUAAUUCUUUGGCAAACAAUUACCUUAACCAUUGAUAGUUUUGAAAUUUUACCCAUGUUUAAACGUUUUAUUACUAACAACUUACAGAAAACAUAAAAAUAAACUUUAAAUUAUUUGUUGCAAAAUUUUAAUUAGUCCACAUUAAAUUCCUAUUAGAUUGGUUUCAUUUGUAAAUAGCAAUUUCAUUCCUAUUUGACGACUAUUGAAUGCACAACUUGUAAUUAUUUAUUUAUUAGCUAAGCGUUUCUAAAAAUGAAGCUGUUGAAGUUUAAAUGAUGAAUAUAUUGUUAUAGCUGUUAUUUUAUGUAUAGGUAAUACUAAUUAAUUUCAAGGUUGACAACUAUGUAGAUAAAAUAAUGACCAACAUACU